UAGGGCUACAUAACUUUAAUAAUGUUAAUUAACUAUAGCGGUUUAUUAAGGUUUAAAUAAUGCGCCGUUUUAGUUAAUAAUCGUAGCUGUGAAAUCAGAAAUGGUAUCUAUUGGAGCAAGAUCAUUAUCUCUUGUUCUUCUGUGUGUCAUUGUUGCAGUUCUAUUGGUGCAAGUGAUCCUGUACCAACUGGUAGGAGCUGACUGGUUCAAAAAAAUUUAUGAUUCUGUCAGUGUUAGAAGCAAUGAGCCUGAGGGAUCAAAAUACAGUUCGGUUGGAUAUUACAAGAAGGCAUUUCAUCAUCCACAAACUAUUGAUGACUUGUGGAUACUGGUGUCACGUGACUACAUAGUAAGGAGGCUUGGGUAUCUUGACUUAAGAGAUGUCGAAAAUGUAACAAUACGAUUGAUAACAAUGCAAGAUAAACGAAAAGCACCUCCAGUAGCACUGUAUAUCAAUAUUCACUACAAUACAAUGUGGAAGAGACCUCACUGUAUGCCAACACAAUGGGACUAUGGUGCUAUUGGUGGUGGGUAUGAUAAUUAUGAGAAUUAUCUACUGAAGACUGAUCUACUGUUUCAAACGCAGUAUGAAUCACUAUCUCACAUCACAGUAUCAACUAAUAAUGACUGUAGCAGUGAGAGUGGUGUUAUCCCCAUACAAACCAUUAAACCCAAGGAAUAUGAUUAUAAUUUUGGUGUUUGUCUCCAUAAAGGGAUUGGACCUGAUUUCAAGCCUAAGAUACUCCUGGAUUAUGUGAAGAUGCACUUGGCAGUAGGAGCUGAAAUAAUAACAAUAUACAUACAGACUGGGGCAGAAGGAGUCUAUGAUAUAUUACUACCAUACAUUAAUAAAGGAACUGUUGAAGUAUUGGACUGGAAGCUAGAGCCCAACAUUACUAAUGGAGGCUCCCAUCAUUAUGGGCAGACUGGAGUCCUGGCUGAAUGUUUGUGGCGUAAUACAUACAGAGUGAAGUACUUGGGUAUGAAUGAUGCUGAUGAAUUCUUUAUUCCUCUUAAGCAUAAAACAAUAUCAGAGCUGAUGUCUGAUAUUGAUACUCCUCAAGUUUCAAAAACUCCAGCGGCAACUUUUGGUUUCCCGAAUUUCAUGAUGAAAGGUAACGAGACGCUACCCAAAGUAUCAAAAGCAUUGCAAUCAGGAACAUGUCCCCAGCUAAGGAAUGAGCCCAUUGCUAUAUACUACACCAGGAGCAGAGGCUGUGUGCUGAGAGGCAGGGCUGUGCAGAAAGUUGUCUUCAGGCCAGUAGCAAUAUACCUCCCAUGGGUCCAUUGUCAGAUAAAGUUUCGUAGUUGGGAAUACAUUGAAGAGUAUAAACUACCUGAAGAUACUGGACUGUCAUACCAUUACAGGUCACAUUGGAAGAAGUACAAGUCAUGUUCAGUCCCAGAGUAUCAUACAACAGUCAUUGAGAAAUAUAUUAAGAUCCUGACAGGCUGUGAUAUUUAGUAAUUAAGGAUUGCUAAUUAGUGAAAAUGUUAGAACUGCAAUGUUUGCAAUAAUCAUUUUAGUCUAGUACUUUACAACAUUCCUUAAACUUGGCUCAAACUGUUUAAUAAAUGUUGUCAAAUUAGCAGCAUCAUGUAUUUGUCAAGUGCCAAGUACUGGAACCAACA